AUGCCAAGCAGACAAAAAAUUACGUAUGGAUUUCCUCAAAAAGAAAUUCCAACGGAUGCAGCAUCAUUAAAUAAAACUUUAGAACAGAUAGGCAUUAGAUCUAGAGAAAUGCUAAAUCUAACAGUGAAGGAAUUACAUCCAACAAAACAAAUUCAUACUACAUCCAUUUAUGCUUGCGAAAAAGUUGAAAUACCAGCAGAUAACUCUUGCUUAUUUGCUUCUAUUAGCUACCUGUGCACAGGAUCAACUAGUCACGCUACAGAAGAUAGAUUUCACUGCGUAAGUGUCAUUAAGAAUAAUCCUACCAAGUAUACUGAAGCUACAUUAGUUUCUCCUAAUAAAGAAUAUUGUGCUUGGCUGAGCGAUAUGAGGCAUUGGGGCGGAUAUAUCGAGAUGGAAAUUUUAUCCGAAAAAUACAAUGUAGAAAUAUGUGUUCUUCAGGUAGAAAAUAAUUUAAUUGUGCCAAUUAAUGGUGCUCAAUCUAAAAAGAGGAUAUAUCUCUUGUAUGAUAACAUUCAUUACGAUGCAUUAGUGUUUAAGGCACAUACACCACCAGAAGUUAGAAAGAUUGUUGAUGCCAGUGAUGAAGAAGCUACAAUUCAGGCAAAAGAAUUGAUGAAUAUUGCUAGAGCAGCUGGAGGCUAUACAAACGUGAAAACAAUGACAUAUAAAUGCACAAUAUGCAAUAAAAUAUUGAACGGCUCAAAAGAAGCUCACGACCAUUCUGCAAAAACAAAUCAUAUGGAUUAUGUUCAAAUUCAAAAUCUCUAA